AUGUCCGAUGUUUUUAUGCACCUGACAAACGUCCUCCGUCCCGUGCAGUCAUCGUCGCAGACCAUCAACGAAGGCACAGCACUCGCAGAUCCAGAGAGCGGCAGGCCGUCGAUUUCAAAGUCCGAAUCAAAGAUAGAUGAUCUCGGGUUUCUAGAACUUGCUUCUGGAACUAACCCUGUCGUCGAUAUCGUCGCUAUCCAUGGCCUCGAAGGGCAUAGAGAAAAGACAUGGUCAACAGAGGAUGGAACUCUUUGGCUACGUGACUUCUUGCCUACGGACAUAUCCAACGCUCGAGUCCUUUCAUAUGGAUACGACGCCGACACUCGCAGUACAGAAUGCGUAUCAACUCUGACUAUGCGUCGACAUGCCGAGGGACUAGCCCAAGCGCUCUCACGGAUACGGAAAGACAGUCCUCGACGUCCGAUCAUUUUCGUAGCACACGACCUAGGAGGUAUCAUUCUCAAAUGGGCUCUCGUCAUUUGUCAUAAUCAGAGUUUGGCAUCCAAGGGCGAGCUCCGGGACAUUCUCGUAUCCACGCAUGCCAUCUUAUUCUUCGGGACCCCUCACUCUGGCGUCGAGGGUACCACUCUCCUCGAUACAAUCAACCGCUUGACGUCGAUGCGCAUAAUGACUACAGACGUAAUCCUCAAGGAUCUUCAAUCUCACUCGUCCGAACUCGAAAACAUACAGAGCCUGUACGUCGCAGCGAGCGAGAAAAUAAGCAGCAUAUUCUUCUGCGAAGAGUACAAGACAUCUUCUGUUGACAGGAAACGGCGGAGACUGAACGUUGCCCAUCACUCCGCAGUCAUCGCCGGCGAUCGAAAUGGUACAAAAAUCGUGCUUCAUGCGGACCACGAGAGUUUGGUUCGAUUCUCUAAUGCAACGAGCGACAACUAUCGAAGCGUUCUUCACUAUCUCAAAGACUACGUCGACAGUGCGUCCGCAGCAGUGCAAGAGAAGUGGAUUACAGAGGACAACCUUCGAAGUGUAGCAAAGGGAGAGGUCAUCUCUCAGGAGAUGAUAGUGGCGAAGCCCUGUCCACCGGUGUCAAGAAGUUACGUCGAGCGAAAGGAGAUUCAGUCCCUCAUCACAGAAAGGCUGCUUCCGGGAAGCGUACAAGAUCAACCGCGGUGUAUACUACAUGGACUCGGGGGUUCAGGCAAGACUCAACUCGCGACCAGCUGGGUUCGGAAGCAUGGAGCCAGGUUCACUCGAGUCAUUUUCGUCGACGCUUCGAGUCAAACUCAGAUAGAAGCAGACUUGGAACGGUCGAUCCGCUCAUUGGGCCCAGAGUACAACGAGAUGACCUGGAUGGAUGCAGUCGCCUACCUCGGCGGCAAGGAAAGGGGCUGGCUGCUGUUUAUCGACAAUGCCGACUCGCCAGAUCUCAACCUCCGCCCAUAUCUCCCUGUUUCCAUCCAUGGAGCAGUUCUAAUCACCACAAGGAACAGCGAGUGCAUAAGCUACGCUCCGGAUGGUGCUGUUCCUGUUGGUGGACUGGAGGAGAAUGAGGCAAUCAAUCUCCUUCAUAAGCUCGCUAAUGUCACACCCACGUCCGAUACCAAGUCUGUGGAGAUUGUUCAGGAGCUAGGGAUGCUGGCGCUGGCGAUUACUCAAGCGGGGUCAUAUAUUCGCAAGACACGCCGGCUCGACACGUACCUUGAUACGUUGCGAAGUCAUCGGAAGCGACUCCUACGGAAGCAGCCAGAUAUCGGGAAUGAAUAUACAUCCUCGACGUACGCUGCAUUCGACCUGUCUUUCCAAACCCUACCGACAAAGACGCAAGAGCUGCUAAAGUUGUGUGCGUUUCUUCACCAUUCGGACAUUCCGGUCUCCUUAUUCCAGCACUCGACAGAGUCUGGUUUCGCAACAUACACGGUCCUGGAUGACUUUCCUCCGCCAGAUAGCGACAAAGCAGUCAUCCAGAAGCUCAAGGAGAUUCUGGGCUCAACGUGGGAUGAGGUCGAAUUCCAAGAGAUCGUGGAAUCGGCUACGCGCGCAUCAUUUAUCCAUGUUUCGACUGAUGGACUAUUCUACGCCGUCCACCCACUACUUCAGAUGUACAUCAAGGAUUGUUCUAGUCAGGAGGAUAAUCGAGAGUACGCGCGUGCGACUACUCAACUGAUACUUGGUGCGAUCCGGCCAGUUGAGGGUAGCAAUGCGCGGUUUUGGCAACUACUUCCACACGCCACCAAGAUCCCACAAUCGGUGCAAUCAGAGAAUAUGGCACACGCAUUGGCGUUCUAUAAGCUUUAUCAUCCAUUGGGUGAUUGGAAGACUUGUCGAGAACUGUUAGAGACUGCGUUUUACCAAGUUCAGCAGGAUCAUGGUCUAAAGCAUAAAAGUUCGAUGUGGGUGAUGUGUAAACUUGGUAAUGCGUUGCAUAGUUGCGGUCAAUUGGAAAAGGCAGAAAAGAUGGAGCGAGAAGUACUCGCUCUGCGGCUGGAGAUUCUUGGACCACGUCAUCCAGACACCAUUCAAGCAAUGGGAAACCUUGCAGCCACCUUGCACUCCCGUGGUCAGCUGGACGAGGCAGAAAAGAUGGACCGAGAGGUACUCGCUCUGCAGCUGGAGAUCCUUGGACCACGUCAUCCAGACCCAUUUUGUCAAUGA